AUGUCGGACCCUCCAAAGCUUGACGCCGUCGUUUUCGGCGCACUAAUUACCCCCGAGCUUUCGACAUCGAGUAGCCACAGGUCAGACAUUCCGUCUGAGCACGAGCCGCUAUUGGGAGCGCCACCACCGCGAAGAAAGCCCUUCUAUCGUGCCAGGCCUUUAUGGCUCGUUCCGUUCGCCGUCGCAGCUGCUCUCGUGCGAGGGAUGACUCUGGCUCCAAGAGUGGAGGUGUUCACGCAGCUGGCCUGCCAGGCCUUGCACAAGAACUCUACCCACACUUCGCAGCAUGCCCCCGCGGAUGUCCGUCUGCGUGGGACCGGAGUAGCCGGACUGUCAUCUACGAUCGACCCACUGAGCCCAUACCUCCCCAAUGCCGGACUCGUUUCCCUGAAUUUCAUCUCGAAUGUCACCGGUGACGAAGACCGGGAUCCCAUGACGGUGCCUUCUGAACGCUGCAUGUCUGACUCGGAUGUGCAGGCGGGAGCGGCGAGGAUCCAGACUGUGAUGACGAUUAUCAUGGGCUCGCUGUCGGCGCUGACAACGGGGUGGUGGGGUCACUUUGGCGAAAGAUACGGUCGAUGCCGAGUGCUGGCUCUCACAACGCUGGGAGUUCUCAUGACUGAUCUGACAUUUAUUCUCGUGUCUACACCAUCGAGCCCGCUUGCUGCGCACGGACACAAGUUGCUGAUCCUGGCACCCAUCAUCGAGGGGUCGCUGGGCGGAUGGUCUGCCCUGCAAGCGGGCAUUUCUGCUUACAUCAGUGAUUGCACAUCAGCUGGCUCGCGCGCGCAUAUCUUUUCUCGUUUCACCGGCGUAUUCUAUCUGGGGUUCAGCGUUGGUCCCAGUAUUGGUGGCUGGCUAAUCAGGCACUCGAAUUCUGUCAAGUUCUUUGACUACUUGGGCGCCAUGCAUCCCGAUCCGACUCGGCAAUCGGUGACGCCUGUGUUCUGGGUGUCGGCGCUCGCUUCGCUGGCCAACCUUGUGCUCAUAUUCUUCGUCAUACCGGAGUCGCUCUCCAAGGAAAAGCAAGCGGCUGCGCGGUUCGAGUACAAUGGUGAAGGAAAGGGGAAAGGCAGGGCGCUUGUCACUGCAGAUGUAGCGGGCGACGAGUCGUCUUCGAGCGCGAACCCCGAGAGCGGCAAGGCAGGCGGUGACCCGAACUUCAUCAUGCGAGUGCUACAGCCACUUGGUAUAUUCCUCCCCCAGAAGGUACAAGGCAGAAGCGACUGGAGUCUGACAUUCCUGGCAAUCGCGUUAUUUGGCUAUUAUCUUUCUGCUGGUAUAUUUCAGAUCAAAUAUCUAUACGCUGUCCAUGUCUAUGGCUGGUCCGCCGAGGUCUUGAGUUAUUACAUCUCUUUCAUGGGCGGUGCCCGCGCUGUCCAUCUCUUAUUUAUACUACCCUUCAUUAUCAGUACAUUCAAACCCCAACCAGGGUCCAAGAAAACCAAAUCCGCCUCCACCUCACAGGCCUCGAACGUCGGCCACCUCACUGGCAACAACAUCAGAUACACGAACAUCCCGGUCCCUCCAACGAAACAAAUCCCGAAAAGCACGCCGUCCAAAUCGAAGUCAGGGAAGCCGAAGCUGACCAAGGCGCAUCUCGCGCGCGAGAUGCGCUUCGACAUGAGCCUGUGUCGAGCCUCGCUGAUGCUCGACAUCACGUCGAAUGUCCUCGUCAUGCUGUCGCCCUCGCCCGCGUACAAAGUGCACACCUCCCCCUCGAUUUCCGCGACUCCGGGCUCGGGCUCGCCGGCGGAGGCGCACUCGCAGGCGCUGUUCGUGAUGGCGUCGAGUUUGACGAGCUUUGGGUGUGGGUUCAUGCCCGCGGUGCAGAGCUUGGCGCUGUGCAUCCUCCAGGCCCGUGCAUUGUCCUCUGAGGAGAACGCUGACCCCACGACGAAUGGAUCGCCUACGUCGACACCCGGAGCAGCGCCUGCUGCUGGCAAGCUGUUCGGCGCGCUCGCUGUAUUGCAGGCCGUCGGGCAAAUGAUCCUAGGGCCUUUGAUCUUCGGUUUGAUAUACAGUGGGACCGUCGCCACCUUCCCCAAGGCAGUCUUCAACACGGCAGCAGGGAUCCUGAUCCUUGCCAUCGUCGCGAUAUUCCUCGUGCAGCCACCACUGGGUGCGUCGAAGGGGAAGAAGGCGAGACGUGACUCGGCGGAAAUCGAAGUCGAGCGUGGACGGUCGCGCGUGCCCAAGGACCUGCGCAUGACGCUUUCGCUCUCGGCUGCGGGGGAGGCGGAGGGGGCGGAGGAGGCGUCGUUCGGCACCCUGGUGAUUCAGGUUGAGGAGUGA